AUGCCGCCCAAUAUCCCCUCUGAGCUCAAGCUCGACCAACCGUUGUACGAGGAAGACAUCGGCGAUCUCAGCCCAUAUCUUGCCCUUCCCUCCUCCACCAGCUCGCGAGCCAGCUCAGCAACCACCAGUAGCUCCUACUCGCCGCGAAAUUACACGGAAGAGGAACUGGACUCGGACAUCCCACUUAGCAGCAAAGACUCGCCUGUGACACCCAGAACGGGCUCCUUUAGCUUUCAUUCACCAUCGUCACCGUCCCUUGCCAAGUUUGCGGCGCGACACCGCCAAGUUUCGUGCUCUCAGACACUCCCGCGCCUCUUUCAGACCGAGAAGAGGAGCUCGACGCCGAGGAAAAUCCAGGUCGAGAUCAAUGCGCUGACAGUCGACUCUUCAUCUAUUGAGAAGAUGCACCGAUGGAUCUUGGGAAUUGCUGUUGUUGAGUUCGAUUUAGACGAUGGGCCUGUCGUUGAUGGCGUUUAUCCACCGCUGGUCCUCUCUCCAGCAGAGACGGAGACUCUUGCAUUUUGUGCAUUUCCUGACUCCAUGCAAUUCGACCAGGGCUCACAAACUCACUCAUUUCGGAUAAGAGAACAGUCUCAGUCGCGACCUCCCACGAAGGACGGAUUCAUCUACGGGUUUUCUCAUUUUACGCAGAAGAGGGAUUCAACAUCGAAGCGAGGCUACCAACAGCGCUCUCUAGUGAUUUUAACACAACAUCAAUACCCGUCACUCUUCUCAUCUCUUGUCGGUCAAUUUGGGCCCCUUUUUGCGACCCACGGUACUCCAAUGCUGGAGGCUGCUUGUCACAACAUCGCUACAUGGCCAGAUCCUACUCCCGGACAAACACUAGAACUCGGGUUCCUUGGUGCAGUUCUUCAUGUGGAAAUACCACACUCUAUCGACGUCCAACAAGUCACAGAGACGUCAUCCUUUAACGAGAAGUACAACCCACGAUUACAUAUUCUUGCCACAACCGCACCUUUCGUACCGCCACCAAUAUUGCUCUUCGAGUCAUCCCUGGCAAACUUGUGGUCGAUCUGGGAGUGUCUGGUUUUGUGCGAACCUAUUUUAGUUUUCGGUACAUCACCAGCGCAAACGAGCCAGGCGGUCUGGUGGCUUCGUGAUCUCCUCCGACCGUUACCUCUUUCCGGCGACAUCCGACCGUACUUUACGAUGCAGGACAGCGAUCAUUCCCAGCUUGUGAACAAACUGCGACCGAAGCCCGGUCUCUUGCUCGGCGUAACUAAUCCUUUCUUCGAAAAGUCCUGUGUCCAUUGGCCGCAUGUCUUGAGUUUAGGACGGCGCAUCCCAACAUCGAACAACAGUCCGCGCCAGAACAGUCCAUCGGUUGGAGCACCUGCUGGGCCAACACCCGGGUGGAAGACAAAGACACAUAAACGAUACAUCUCCAAAGAUCGCGCGCUACUAAAGCAACUAGAGAUUGCCGUUCGAGGCGAUGAUAGAGCCAAAAUGGAAGCUUCGCUGGCGCUCCGCCGUCACUUUUGCUCUCGCUCGACACAACUAAUCACACCCCUAGCCCGAUACCUAAACACCUUGAUACCCUCACCGACUGAAGUCAAGCGUGCUCGCGAUGCUUCAAGCUAUACCCCCUCCUAUGCUUCAUCAUUCUCUUUGAGCGUGCCUUCAACGACCAACUCAUCAUCGUCAUCCCUAGCACGGUCUUCGCUCUCGCCGACCCCCGCGUCAUCAUCUACGCUAUUAUCUCCUGAUAUUAUCUCGCCCUUAUCUGCAACGACACCAACCCAACAACGCCAAAACCAGUCUACACACAGUUUUGCCUCAGUCAUGAACGCAGGACAAAGUCAGACGCUGCGGCUCAAGUCGUUCAACAAUGCCAACUUCUUUACCUCGCUGAAGACACACGGGAGCAUCCUCCCAUUCAAAUCCUCUAGCAAGAGGACGGAGUUCUACGAGCGGUGGUUGAAGAGCCCAGCUUUCGGAGCUUGGCUUGCACAACAGGAACAGAUUGUUCAGAGCGUGCUGAACGACCCCCCUGUGAUACCUGCGAGCGCCGCUGUUACCUCUGGUGGCGAGGGAAGCUGA